AUGGCCCAGACACCUCAGCAGAGACGCGCGAACGCCAAGUUCGUCAAGGACCAGGACGCCCGCCGUGGCAAGUCAGAGGCCGACAGACAGGCACGGUCCAAGGAGGUGCAAAAGGCGACCAUCUCGCCCAUCUGGCUGAUACUCCUCGGCUUUGUGGUCUUUGGCGGCGUCUUCUUCGAGGUCCUGCAGCGCAUCUUCUGGCGAUAA